AAAAGGAAAUGAUUGGGACUAGACUACCGGUACAUAAGAAUUACAAGCUCGCUGGAGUGUAUCCUUCUGAAGACGCGACCAAAAGACCGAAGCAGACAAACUGAGACAAUGGAAGUGAUCAAAGAAAGUGCUGCUAUGUUAAGCAACUUUGAGGUCCAUGCUCUGCUUAAAGAAUUACAGUCGGGAAGCUCUCAGAGAGGGAAGAAGAGCAUCAGUAAAAAGCAACAGAACCUUGCCACAAUAUCCUAUGAGACAAUCAAAUACCUUGAGAAGACUCCCUGCGGGCUUCAAACUCCUGAGGUAGUGGAGAAAUUCCUGCGAGCUCUCACUCCAUUCAGCCUUACCAAGUCUGAGAAACUGCAGCUUCUAAAUCAUAGGCCGACAACAACAGUAGAAAUAAUGGCAAUGAUAGAGGAAUGUGAGGAACGAUUGACAGAAGAGCAGAUGGAAUCCCUCAUUCAAGUCAUCACCUCCAUCCUACCAGGAGAGCAAGGGGAAGAAGAGGAUGAGGAAGGAGAAGAAGAAAUGGAAGAAGGAGAAGAAGGAUAAAUCAUUGCUUUCAUCUAAUGUAGAAAAGUUGUCAUUCAGAGAGGAUGGAUGCUGAACUGGUAGAAACUUGAAGGAACUUGAAAAUUCAUCCCGACAGCCAUCUUAGUCUUAUUCUGAUGUCUUGUAGAACUAGCUAGAGUUGGAAACUGAGUUGGUAAAGGAGGGAAGGGAGAAUGAAGAGGGAAGCUGUUUAGCCAGUGGGCUGUGUGCACCGAGGAGCUGGCUGUUAGUAGGUUACAUUGCAAAUUGCUGCACAAGGGUCCCUGCGAGAGGUUAUACAUUCUAUUUCAGGAUUUAUUAAAAGACAGUGGCA